AUGCCCGCGCUGAAGCCAUGCCCGGGCUGGUGCCUCCUGUGCUGCCUGCUGGGAGGGGGGCUGGCCCCGGGCCCCGUCGGAGCCGGAGGGCCCCGGGGAGGAAGAGGAGGAGGCGGCGGAGGAGGAGGCGGCGGCGGGGGCUGCCAGCCCUGUCCCCCGGACUGCAGCUGCAGGAGCCUCCCCGCCGCCAGCGCCCUCGCCCUCGCCUGCGCCCUGGACUGCGCCAACAAGGGCUGGCCCCGCUUCCCGCCUUCGGGGGCGCCCUUCCCCGCCAACACCGCCGCCCUGAAUCUGUCCAGCAACAAAAUCACAGCUUUAAACCCGGAGGCAUUUGAGUAUCUCACUUCCCUGAAAAAAUUAGAUAUCAGCAACAACAGGAUUUCUACCUUAGAAGAAGGAAUAUUUGAUAAUUUAUUUAAUUUAAGUGAAAUAAACCUCAGUGGCAACCCCUUCGUCUGCAACUGCAGCCUGGCCUGGCUCCCUCGGUGGCUGGAAGAGCGCAACAUCAGAGUCGCCCACCGGUCCGCUACCAGAUGCACUCUCCCUCCGGAGUUGGCCGGCGCCCCCCUUUUCAACCUUUCAUUUACUGACACUACAUGCGAAGCCGGCCACAUCGGGUGCCUGAACGACAACCAGACCGGGUUGACCGAUGCCGUCGUCCGCUUCACCACCCAAUUCUUCCCGAACUUGACCCAAGCUGCUUGCAGCGCCCAUUGCUAUAGAGAAGGCUUGGAGUAUGGAGGCUUCAGCGAUGAAUCCGAUUGCUUGUGUGGUGAUGCCCUUGAGCCCAAUUCUUCAGUGGGAUGCCUGUCAUUCUGUGCCGAAUUUCCCACCGGACCCUCAUGUGUCGGACCCUCUGUGGUGCCUGGCAUCUUCCCAUCUCAAUUGUCCAUCUCCAUUCACGGACCAAUGGCCCCCGUGGACCUUUUCCAAGAGGCGCCUUUUGAGCUCCACGCCCCCAUUGCCCUCGGCUACCUGGAGUGGGACUUUGGAGAUGGGACGGGGUGUUUGAACACCACCAAGGCUUCCAUCCACCAUAGAUACACAUCACCAGGGCACUACAAUGUCACAGUCACCGCCUUUAGCAGUAGCCGAUUGACCACGGCCUGGGCAGAAGUAGAAGUGGUUUCUCCCCCUGAAGAGAUCGAGCUCCAAUGCCCUGUUUUGGUGAAGACUAAUGCAAGUUUGGAGCUGCGGACAAGAAACCGAGGGGGGACAGGGCUCUCUGUGGUUUACAGCAUUACGGCACCAUCUGGAAAUGCGGUUUUCCCAGCAUGUCCCAUAGAAAGUGUCGCCUUUCCCGGGAACGGCCAUUGCUAUUGGCUGGUGGCGGAGAAAGCCGAGUGGCAGGAGGCCCAGCAGCAUUGCCAGGACUAUGGCCGCGGGCACCUGGCCUUCGUCAGCAGUCCUGAAAUCCAAAAUUUCCUGGUCUCCCGGGUCACCAGGAGCCUGGAUGUCUGGAUUGGGUUCAAUGACGCGGCGUCCGGCCCCAGCGGUGCCCCUCCUGGUGAGGAGGGCUUUGACCUGCAGAGCUGCCAGAACUGGCUUCCCGGGGAGCCCCACCCCUCCAAUGCCGACCACUGCGUACGGAUGGGCCCCGCCGGGCAGUGCAACACCGACCUCUGCACCGCCAAGCACAGCUACCUCUGCGAGCACAAGCCCCCAGAGAUUGUUUUAAAUGCUGAGCAUUUCUACCUGGGUGCCAAUACAUUUGGAUCCUACCUACCGACGGGAAAUGUCACCGAAACGGAAGAGCUCUCGGCACCAUUGGGAACUAUAGAGACCUUAGUGUUUCCCACAUUGACAUCCCCAAGAGAGGGUUUUCUAUUGGCUUUGGAGAUGGCGACUCGGGAGUUGCAGCGGCACGUCCAGGUCCGCUUUCGUUUACACCGUCUGGCACAUGGAAAAGGAUGCAAGGAAGAACGGAACGGCACGGAUCCCUUGCAAGAGAUGCAGCUGCAAAUGGACUGUCCAUCUGGGUCCUAUUGGUGCCAACUGACCAACUCUUGCCUGCCUCUGGGAGGAUGCUGCAACAAAUUUGGAGCGUGUACCAACAGUUCAAUGGCCAGCACUCCAUCUCCCAUCGCUCACCGCUGCCUCAAUCCUCCUACCAUGGUCCAGGUCCAGGAGUCCCUUUUCAUCGUGCCACCAGGACCCUCCAUGCUGUAUCUGCUUCACUUCAAAAACAAGGACAUCUCCAUUGGGCCGAAUGACACGUUGAGCAUCCAGCACGAUGCAGGACCAGGCGCGUUCCUCCUUUGCCACCAGAACCAGGCGCCAUCUUCACCAACGAGUUACUUUUCCUGGAACUCUUCUGCCUGGGAAACGGAUUUCCACCCAUCCUUCUGUGCUUCCAAGUGGCACAAUGGCUCUGAGUGUGAAUUCCGGCUCCUCUGCACCACGGAGGAGGUGGCACCCAUCAUUUGGAAGGAGAACUUUGGUGUCCCGUCGCCAGGCUUUUACACCCUGCGGGCCUCCAUAAGUAACAAUGUCUUUGGGGCCAACGUAUCCUGCGAUUUUGGGAUUGAGUCACCUAUCUCCGGCUUGCGGGUUGUCUCCCCAGCUGAACAAGGUGGCAUCAUUUAUGUAGAGGCCAACCAUACGUUUCUAGUGGUCAAGAUCUCCUCAGGUGGGGCGAACACCACUGUUCGUUGGAUUGGCAGCAAUCACAGCACCCUUUUUGAGAAGAACUGCCCAGCGUCAGUGGUUGAAUGUGGCCCUGAAACAGAUGACACAUGGUUCGCGGGUGUUUUCUUGGAGGGCAUCGAGGAGAACGGGACUAGCAUCGUCCUGCAGGCAGAGAACGCUGUCAGCACCCAGAACCUCACCGUGGUGGUCAAGGCUGAGAAGGGCAUCCGGGGGCUGCACGCCACGCCAGACCCUGAGUCGAGGAUCCUGCUCAACAGCCGUGUGACGUAUGUUCCUGUGAUGGAUGCUGGAUCCGAUGUGACCUUUCGGUGGACGGUGGAUGACAAGCCCUCUUUCACCUUCUACAACGAAGUCUUCCACGUCAUCUACCAGGUCCCGGCCAUCUACAAGCUGUCGCUCACGGCCUCCAACCACGUCAGUAACGUCACAGUGGACUACAACAUCACCGUGGAGAAAAUGAACCGGAUGAAGGACCUCCUGGUCUCUGAGGUGCCCCAGCGCGCCCCGCAGAACAGCACCCUGGACUUGGCCGCUUCUGUCUGGGUGGACUCUGCCGUGAAGGCCACCUUCCUGUGGGAUUUUGGUGACGGCAACAGUGCUUUUUCCCAAUUUUGUCCCCCAUACAAUGACUCCUUCCUUGUUCCUGAUCCCACUGUCCAUCAGGUUGUCAUUGGGCAUAAUGUGUCGCAUACCUACCAGGAGCCAGGUGAAUAUACUCUGACUGUCGUCAUCUACAAUGAAUUUGAGAACCUGACUUAUUCGGUCCCGAUCCACAUUUACUCAUAUUUGAUGGAUCUGACAAUGCAAGCCGAUGCAGAUGUUUUGGUGGCAGGUCGCCCAGUCACUUUCAAGGCUCACCCUGUGCCAUCUGGAUAUGGGGUCUCUUACAUCUGGGAUUUUGGAGAUGACUCUACGGUAUAUGUGGAAAGCCAGCCAACUAUAGUCCAUACCUACAAUGCCAAAGGAAUAUACACCAUCAGUCUCAGAGCCAACAACACCAUUAGCACCAUAGACACAUUCCGGUCUUACCGUGUCUUUGAAGAGAUAACAGGGUUGCAGGUGACUCUGGAGGAGGCGAUCGAGGUCUUGAUGCCGCUCGAGAUAAGCGCUUCACUGGAAACGGGGGACAACAUCACUUGGAUAUUCGAUCUGGGCGAUGGGACAGUUGUGGAGACCUUGGAGGCGUCAGUAAAUCACAGCUACUUGAAAGAGAUGAAUGCCACCGUCAACGUAACGGCCAUGAAUCCGGUAAACUCGGUUUCCCGAGCCGUGCCCAUCCAGGUGUUUUUGCUGAUGGUCUUCAAAUUCGAGCCUUCUGCUUGUAUUGUGGAGCAUCCCGAUGUCCAGCUCACUGCCUACGUCUCCGGCAAUCCUGAGGACUACUCUUUUGACUGGAUGUUCGGGGAUGGCUCCCCCAAUGUCACCGUCUAUGGCGACCCGACAGUGAGGCACAACUUCACCCGCUUUGGCAUCUUCUCCCUCUCGCUGGCCAUCUCCAGCAAGGUCGACACAAUCCAUUAUUACCCUGAGGUGUGUGUGGAGCCGGAGGUCACUAAUGUCACACUGUUCGCCAAGCCCCCGAUUGUGAUGCUCGGCAACGAGAGCAAAUUCCAAGUCACGGCCUUGCCGCUAUAUCCUUACCGUUACCACUGGGAUUUUGGGGCCAAUGACUCUGUUAAGUUUGGAGGGACGGAAGUGAGCUACACGUACAAAGCCCCAGGUGUCUACUUAGUUGUGGUGACCGUCUCCAAUAACGUGUCUUUCAACAAUGACUCGGCCUUGGUGGAAGUCCAGGAGCCGGUUGGAGUGGCCCGGAUUGAGUCCAAUGCCUCCAAGGUCUUGGAAGUCAACCAGGUCUACCUAUUCUCUGCCAACGUGAGUGGGACUAAAGUCAGGUAUCUGUGGGACUUCGGGGAUGGCACAACUCAGCUGGGGAAGUUCAUCACCCAUUCCUACAAUAAGAGUGGCAUCUAUGCAGUUAGUUUAAAGGCCUGGAACGAGGUGAGCUUCCAUGAGGCGAGGGUGAACGUGACGGUCAAGAGGCGCCUCCAGGGCCUAAGCAUAAAUGCCAGUCGAACCGUGGUGCCUCUGAAUGGCUCAGUCAGCUUCACGGCCACACUCCUUGCUGGCACCGCCAUCCGAUACUCUUGGAUCUUGUGCGACCGUUGCACUCCCAUCCUUGGUUCCUCCACCAUCUCUUACACUUUCCGUUCUAUUGGGACAUUCAAUGUCAUCGUGACCGCCGAGAAUGAGAUUGGCUGUUUGCAAGACAGCAUCUUCAUCUAUGUCUUGCAGCAAAUCGAAGGGCUGCACAUUGUGGGCACUGGCCUCCUGGACGACACCUAUUUCCCCACCAACAAGACACUGCAGCUGCAAGCAAACAUCAGAGAUGGGACGAACAUCUCCUACAGUUGGGCCGUCAUGAAAGAGAGCCACUCUGUGCAAACAUUCACUGGGAAGACGUUCUCCUUGGUUAUUCUGGACGCCGGCAUCUACAUAGUCCACCUGAAAGCCACAAACAUGCUGGGCACUUUGGCCGUGAACAAGACAAUAGAGUUCAUUGAGCCAGUGGGCGUCUUGAAGCUGGUGGCAUUUCCCAACCCUGUUGCCGUGAAUGCUUCCAUCAACAUAAGUGCUACCGUCUCCGCUGGGACAGGACUGGAGUAUACAUGGUACCUAGAAAAUGAAGUCCCUCUCACCACUGUCUUCUCAAUCAUCACACACUUUUUCCAAAGCCCUGGGGCUAAAGUAGUCACUGUUGAAGCAGAAAACAAGUUGGGUUCCACAAACGCCACGCUCAUGGUCUUCGUCCAAGAGCCAGUGACGGGCCUGCGGAUCAGGACCCUAAGGCCCAACUGCACUUACAUUGAGUCUGGCUCCGUGGUGAACUUCUCCGGAGAGCUUGAAAGUGGGUCUGACGUGUCCUGGGUGUGGAAGAUGCCCAACGGAACGAUAUCCGGGCAAAGAGUGGCCCUGACUUUCCCGACACCUGGGUUCUUCUCCGUUUGCCUCAACGCCUCCAAUGACGUCAGCUGGGAAGGCGCCUGCCAUAACCUGACAGUGCAGGACGCGAUUCGGGACCUGAGGCUCAGCGUGAGCAAAAGGGUGCUGGAGCCCGGCGAAGAGGCCUCCUUUUCCAUCGGAAUGUCCUUUGGUUCCUCUGUGAAAUAUGAAGUGAGCAUUGUAGGAAACCAGUCGGUAGUCCUGAACACUUCCAACUUCACCUAUACCUUCACCCAAGUGGGAGAUUACAUGGUCCAAGUGAGAGCUGAGAACUACGUCAGUGUGGUCCGCACAGAGGUCCAUGUUGUGGUGUUGGAGGCUGUCCGUGGCUUGAGGCUUGUGGACUGCUGCGAGCAAGGCACUCCCACCGGGGUGGAAAGACACUUCGCAGCGGAGGUUGAGGCCGGCUCACGGGUGUCAUACAGGUGGCGCCUCACCUUGAUGGAAGACGGAGGCCGUUCCAGAGUGGCCAUUUUAGAAGGCCCCAUCAUCUCUUACACUCCACAGGUUGCCGGUCGACUUGACAUUCACCUCCAGGCUUCCAACCUCUUGGGCAGCUUGAAUGUAACCAUUGUGAUUCAAGUCCAAGACCUCAUCACGCAACUCUCUCUCCUGCCAGUCAAGCCUUUCGCCAACCGGACGACAUCGUUCGUCGUGUCUGUGAGGCCCAAUGCUCGGCAGGUUGGCUUCUGGUGGCGCUUUGGGGAUGGCUCUCCAGUUCUCAGGACUGACGUAGCUUCUGUCGGCCAUACUUACCUACAACCUGGAGAUUACCUGGUGGAGGUGAAUGCCAGCAAUCUCAUCAGCUCCUCCUUCGCCCAGCUGACCAUCACAGUCCGAGUGCUAGAGUGUGAGGAGCCCGAAGCUGAGCUGGCUUUACCCGCGCAGGUGGUUAUGAAGCGGUCACAGAAGAACUACCUGGAGGCCCAGAUCAACCUGCGUGGCUGCACCAGCUACAAGACGGCCUACCUGUGGGAGAUCUACCGAGCCCCAAGCUGCCUGCAGAUGAGCAAUGCCAAUAAGGUCCAGCUCCUCCACGUGGAUGCCAACCGGCCCCAGCUGGUCAUUCCCAAACUGGCUCUGGACUUGGGCAACUACUGCUUCAAGUUUCUGGUCUCGUUUGGGGACACGCCACUGUCCAAGAGCACCUUUGCCAAUGUGACUAUCCUGCCCAACAAGCUGGUGCCCAUCAUUGAAGGGGGCUCCUACCGCGUGUGGUCCAGCACCCAGGACUUGGUUCUGGACGGAGGGAAGUCCUAUGACCCCAACUUGGAGGACGGAGAACAGACGCCGCUGCAGUACAGCUGGUCCUGCGUGUCGUCCUCCAAAAGCCCGUCGUCCAAGUGUGCGCUUGACUUCAGCGCCAGGGGAAGCGUGGUGACCGUUUCCAGAGCCAUAUUGGAAGCAGAUGUGGAGUAUACCUUCGCCCUCUCCGUCUGGAAGGCGGCGAUGAGCCCCGAGUCUACCAACCAAACGGUCUUCCUGAAGAGAGGCACAGUUCCCAUCGUGUCCUUGGAGUGUGUCUCCUGCAAAGCCCAGUCUGUCUAUGCGGUCAGCCGCAGCUCCUACGUCUACUUGGAGGGCACCUGCCUCAAUUGCCAGAACAACUCCAAAAUGGGGAAGUGGGCAGCCCACAGCUUCAAGAACAAGACGCUGCCCUUGGACCGGAGCACCACCUCCACGGGCGAUGUGGGCAUGAACCUGGUGCUGCGUCCCUGGGCUCUCAAGGAUGGCGAGGGCUACACCUUCACACUCCGCAUCACCGACGUGACCUCCGGCGAGGAGGGCUUUGCCUCCAUGGACCUCCUUCCCAACCAGCCUCCCUUCGGAGGGUCUUGCUGGCUGUCCCCCAUGGGGCCCCUCCAGGCUCUGGCUGCCAAAGUCCACUUCGAGUGCACAGGAUGGCGGGACACAGAGAAUGAGGGCACGCCCUUGGUGUACGUCCUGCUGGCCACACGAUGCCGGACUGGGCACUGCGAGGAGUUCUGGGUCUACAAAGGGAGCCACGCCGAACACGCCGCUUUCCUGCCACCCGGCUUCCAAGAGAACGGUGCUUCAGUCUCGGUCUCCGUCUUGGUCCAGGACCAGCUUGGCGCUACCGUUGUGGCCUUCAACAGCUCCAUGGCCAUCACACUGCCCAUCGUCCCUGAGGGCUUUGGCACCCUCCCGCAGUGGCUUUCCAACCAAACCAAGGUGGUUCUGCAGGGCCUGGUGAAGCAGGGAGACCCCCAGCAGGUCAUUGAGUUCACCUUGGCCCUCAUCACCAUCUUGAACGAGUAUGAGGGCUCCAUGCAUUCCCAACCAGAGGUUGAGGGUGAUGACCGGCUCCGGGCCUGGAUGCGGAGGAACAUUACAGAGACGCUGGUCUCCUUGAACGUCAACACAGUGGACGACAUCCAGCAAAUUGCCGCAGUCCUGGCCCAGUGCACGGUCGCCAACAAGGCUUUUGUGUGCCGGGACUGCCUGACGAAGACCUUGGAGAAGCUGGAGAGCAUGAUGCACAUCCUGCAGGGGGAGACCACACAGGGCACCAUGACACCCACCGCCAUUGCCGACAACAUCCUCAACAUCAUGGGGGACCUGAUCCACUUGGUCAACACAGCCUCUCGGGAGCCAGCCCCUCAGGAGCUAUGCAGUGGCCAGAGCCCUGUAGAGGUGGCCUCCAAAGCCUACGCGCUCUCCUCUGACCUGAUGCGCAUCCUGAUGAGGUCCCGGGUGCUGAAUGAGGAGCCCCUGGCACUGGCCGGCACCAACAUCACCGCCACUGGGAAGCGGGCCGACCCGCUGGGCCUGCUGUGCUAUGACCAGGAUGACCCCGAGUGCCAGUUCUCCCUCCCGCCGGCCUUCAACUCCACCUUCUCCGACCUCUCGGAUGUGGUCCAGGUCAUGAUCCGUGUGGACUACAACCCCUUCCCCUUUGGCUUUGUGGCCAACCACAGCGUUUCCUCGGAGGUGGCCUCCUUGGAGUUCCAGAGCCACAACGGGACCGAGAUCCCAGUGGGCGCCUUGGAGCCGGAGAAGGCCAUCACCGUCAUGGUGGCUGACCCUCGGGAGAAGGACAUCAUUGCCGGGACCGUCAUCAUUGAGGAAGCGGGUUCGGUGAGCGCAGCCCUGAGGGUCGAGAGCAGAGAUCCCGAGGCUGGGCUCUACUUCCAGGUCACCUUCAGCGUAAUCAAUGAGCGCUAUGUCUCCAGUGAGCAGCAGCCAUCCAUCGGCGUCUGCUUCUUCCCGGUGCCCAAGCCUGGUGUUGCGCCAAACUGCACCGACACCAAGGAGAUCUACUUGGAGGACAUGAACCGCAGGCCUGAGGGUGACCACCGGCAGUACACCUUCUUUGUCUCCCCCUUGACAGAGGAGACCGAAAGGGAGUACUUCUUCAACAUCACCAACCACUUCCUGUGGUCCCCGGUGGAGGUGACAUUGGGCCUGUAUGGGUCACUGUGCCAGUAUUUCAGCCCGGAGGAGAUCCGCUGGAAGACGGAGGGCCUGGUGCCUCUGGAGGGGACCACCCCGGAAAGGGCCCUCUGCUUGACCCGCCACUUGACCGCCUUUGGGGCCAGCCUCUUCGUGCCCUCGCAUUCCCUCCAGUUCCUCCGGCCGCCUCCUGGCCCCGGCUUCAACUACAUCGUCCUGCUGACUUGUGCCGUAUGUUUGGUGACCUACUUCGUGGCAGCGGUGAUUGUGCACAAGCUGGACCUGAUCGACAUCAACCGCGUCGGCGUGAUUCCUUUCUGCGGCAAGAACGGGCUCUACAAAUAUGAGAUCCUGGUAAAAACCGGAUGGGGCAAGGGCUCAGGCACAACAGCCCAUGUGGGCAUCACUCUCUAUGGGAUGGACAGCAAGUCUGGCCACCGGCACCUAGAUGGGGAGAACGCCUUCCGACGCAACGGCCUUGACAUCUUCCAGGUGGCCACCGAGCGCAGCCUGGGCAGCCUUUGGAAGAUCCGUAUCUGGCACGACAACAAAGGGCUCAACCCUUCCUGGUUCUUGAAAUAUGUCAUCAUCAGAGACUUGCAGACCCUCAAGGCUUACCAUUUCCUAGUGGACGACUGGCUGUCGGUGGAGAGCGAGGAGAACGAUGGCUUGGUGGAGAAGGAGGUCUUUGCGGCCAGUGAGAUGGAGCUGCGGAGUGUCCUGCGGAUCUUCAUUGGGGAGCUACAGCGGGGUUUCUUUGAGAAGCAUGUCUGGUUGUCCUUGUGGGACCGUCCGCCCCGUAGCCGCUUCACCCGGGUCCAGCGGGCCUCCUGCUGCUGCCUCCUCAUCUUCCUGUUCCUCUGCGCCAAUGCAGUCUGGUACGGCACCGUUGGAGACGUCAACUUCAGCCAUGUUCCCAUUUCCACCUUGGUCCCAGUCAGUGGCGAGACGGCGGUGGUGGGUUUAGUGUCCAGUUUGGUGGUCUACCCUCUGUACUUGGCCCUCCUCUUCCUCUUCCGGAUGGCGCGCAGCAAGGUCUCCAUCAGCCAGUCGCUGCUUCACUCCGACCAGCAGUCCUUAGAGAUUGACAACUACCUGGACUCUUCACUUCUGGAAAGUUCCUUCCUCACCUUUCCUGGCCUUCGGACAGAGGCCUUUUCGGAGCAAACCAAAACUGACCUGUUCCUGGAUGAUUCAAAAAGCCUGACCCGUUGGCAGUCCAAUGAGGGGCUCCUAAACUGGCCGGACCUGCUGAGUGACCCUUCCAUCAUGGGCAAUACUAUCCAGAAGCUGAAGCGGGGCCGGACCAGCCGCCAUCUGGGCCUGGAGGCUCCACUGGCAGCCGAGGAAGACAGCGUCUCCCUGGGAGUUCCCCCGGCCCCCACCAGGCCCUUCUCUGCUUCAGAUGAGGACCUGAUCCGGCAAAUUCUCGCAGAUGGAACCAGUGCUCUUCCUCACCCGCAGGAAGUGGGGCAGCACCCCAAGGUGGAAACAGACCUCAUCUGUGGGCUAUCCAACAUGCUUGGGGAGAAGACAGAGACAAUCCUGUUGCAAAGGCUGAAUGAGAAAGGGAUGGCUGUCUCCGGAAGGGAGCUCAACCGUUCGGCCAAAUCCACAAGAACAGUGGUGGACCAUGCACUCCGCAAGCGCCUCCUGCCCUUCUGGUGCUCCCACCUGGCGCACGGCACCUGCGCGGCCCUCCUCCUCCUCUGUGCCGGAGUCUCCAUCUGGAUUGGGGGGCGCUUCCCCUCCAGCGUGGCUCUCAUGUGGCUCCUCUCAGGGAUCUUUAGCUUCCUCGCCUCCUUUCUGCUCUGGGAACCCCUCAAGGUUCUGGCAGAGGCUCUGUAUUUCUCAUUGGUGGCCAAGCGCCUUUACCCCGAGGAGGAUGACACCUUGGUGGAGUAUCCCUUUGUGGAGCAUGUUUCGGAGAAGAUUGGCAAGGUCCGGCCACCGCAGGGCUUUGCGCUCUUCCAGGCCAAGGAGGAGGCUAGGAAGGUCAAACUCCUACACAGCCUGCUCAAGAACUUUCUGGUCUACAUGUUCUUCCUGCUGGCGAUCCUCCUCACCAACUAUGGAGAUGCCUCUCAGCACAGCCAGGCCUUCCUUCUGCAAAAGUCCAUCAAACAGCAGCUAGAUUCUGAAUGGUUCCUGAGCAUUAAGAGGCCUGGCGAGUUCUGGGAGUGGAUGUCGCACAAGCUACUGCCCUAUUUGCACAACGGCCACUCCGGCCAGAGCACCACCCUCGGAGCCGUGCGGCUGCGGCAGGUCCGUUUGCAAGAAGUGGACUGUCCAGUCUCUGUCCAGCAUGUCCUCGGUGGGGACAACCCCUCUGACCGCAAAGAAAAAUGCGUUUCUGUUGCUGGUGGCUUUGAUACCGCCACCUAUGCAGUCGGGUGGAAGAAGGGCCUGGGUAACCAUUUGGAACAAUGGAAAUACUCUCCUCCUGAUAUUGCGGGAGGCUGGUAUUGGGGAUACCUUUCCUUCUACGACAGUGGAGGGUAUGUCCAAGAGUUGGGGAUGACAAUGGAGGAAAGCCAGGCCCGACUGGAGUACCUCCAACAAAACAACUGGAUCUCCAAUGUGAGCCGCGCAGUCUUUGUGGAGCUGACCCAGUUCAAUCCAGGCCUGGGGCUGCAUGCAGUGAUCACUCUGCGGCUGGAGUUCUCUAUGGUAGGACACGUGAUGCCGGCUGUAGCCGUGGCCCCUCUGCAUCUGCUCCCGCUCAGCCAAGGCGUCACCACGCAGCUCCUCAUGAUGGUCAUCCUGAUGGUGGUGGUGGUCUACCUGGUGGUCUCGGAGUGCCUCUCCAUCAAGAAGCUGGGCAGGGCCUACUUUGCCCUCCUGAGCAGCUACGGCCAGUGGCUGCUCAUCCUGGCCACCGCCUCUGCCGUGGUGGUCCACCUCAGCCAGGCCUCUCUGGCUGACCGGCAAUGGGCCCAGUACCUGAAGGACAAGGAGGCCUUCACCAGCUUCUAUGAGGUGGCGUCCCUCCAGGAUGCCUUUGGCUGCCUGGCCGCCGCUCUUCUCUUCUUGCUGACGGUCAAGGUCUCCCAGCAGCUGCGCUUCAUCCGGCAAUGGUCCACCUUCGGCAAAACUUUGCAGCGGUCCAUGAAGGAGCUCUUUGCCGCUGCAGUGGUCUUUGCAAUCCUCACUGCGGCUUAUGCUCAGCUGGGCUUCCUGCUCUUCUCUCCACAAUCAGAGGCCUUCUGCAGUGUCUCCAGGUACUUCUGGCUUCUUUUCGCCGCCCUCCGGAGCAGCGCCCCCCUGAGCCUUGAUCUUCCAGGGGCCCUAGGCCUUUCCCACCUCCUUUGCGCCACCUUCCUGGUCCUAGAGCUGUGGGUGGCGGGGCGCCUCUUUGCCGCCAUCCUGAUCCACCAUUACUGCCAGACCCGCUUUGAGAUGUACCGCCCAGCCUUUGAGUCCCAGGACUAUGAAAUGGUGGAGCUCUUUGUCCGGCGGCUCAAGAUAUGGAUGGGGUUCAGCAAAGCCAAGGAGUUUCGGCACAAGGUCCGCUUUGAGGGGAUGGAGCCGCUGCCCUCACCCUCCUCCAGCCAAGACUCACGCUCCCUGCUGGUGCCCACGCCCAGCGCCACUUCAGACACUUCCCGGGCCUCCUCCUCCUCUUCCUCUGUCCAACUGGAUGGCCUCAGCCUGGCGCCGAGCCCCCGCGGCAGCUGUGAAGUGGACGCCGAGGUCCAGCGCCUGCUCGGCCUCCUGGAGGCACUUCUGGACCGCUUUGACAGGGUCAAUGCCACCACUGAGGAGGUUGCCCGCCUGGAGUCACGGCUGGGAGGGAUGCGGACCUGGCAGACCAAACGCAAAGGGAGGCGGAAGACUGACCGGGUGCCGAAGCCACACCCGCAGCCUCUCCGCGGAAACAGCAGCCCACUUCCCUCCAACAGCAGCCAUUUCUCUGCUGCUCCCCACCCAACCAGUGGCCCUGCACCCCUCAGGAUUGUCCGAAGUGACCAAGGCCUCUUGCUGGCUCCAUGCAAGACCCAGACAUUGCUUGUACCGGCGGUCAGGAGGAAGAAGCCGCUGGGAGCCAAAAACCGGGUGCACCCCGCUGGCAAAUAGAACAUAUUGUGUUUUGGAAUAUUGUGUCCAAUUCUGGGCACCAAGCUUUAAGAGAGAUAUUGACUCUAAGCUGAAAAAUGUCCAGAGGAGGGUGACUAAAAGGAUCAAAGGUCUGGAGACCAUGAAUAAUCCCUCUGAGGAGCGGCUUAAAGAGCUGGGUCUGUUUAGCCUGCAAAAGAGAAGGUUGAGAAGAGACAUGAGAGCCAUGUAUAAAUAUGUAAAAUGAUUUCAUAAGGAAGAAGUAAGCAGGCUUGUUUUCUACUGUUCUGGAAACUAGGACUCAGAGCAAUGGGUUCAAAUGGCAAGAAAAGAUAUUCCACUUGAGCUUCUUGCCAUAAGAGCUGUUCAACGGUGGUACUCUCCACUUUGGAGUCCAUUUGAAACAAAGGCUGGAUGGCCACCUGUUGAAGGGGCUUUGAUUGUGCUUUUCAUGCAUGGAAGAAGGGGGUUAGACUGGAUGGCCUAUGAUGUCUCUUCUAACUCUAUGAUUCUAUAGCAUUUCCUGGUUGGGAAAACAAAGGAAUGGAAAAGGCAAGGCUUUUUAAUUUUUGCAGGAAUGUUGCCUUGUCUUCCUGUUUGCACGCUGCAGAUGUUUGGAGCUGGCCAAAUAUCAGGGCCCUGAAGCCAGGAGCAGUAUUAUUGUUAUUAUUAUUUAUGGUUUCAAGAAAGCGAGGCAUCUUCCGGGAAGAGCAAGCUCAGGAGGAAAUGGAACAAAAGCCAGAAGGCAACGUGUUGAGUUUUUCAGAAACUGCUACAAGGCAGAAGAUAAAGCGAUGGGUCAAAGAAAAUCCUAAAUUGGUCCGAAUGAUUAGAAGAGGGCAUUAUACUCGGCCUCUGUUUGGUCACAUUUGUGCUUUGUGAAAAAGUUACAGGUUUUGUCAGAUUUCCGUCGGACGGACGAAGUAUUCCGGAGACAGGGUCCUCCGGCCAUUUUGUUUCCAGUUGCAUAAUAUUAAUCUAUUUGAAAGAAAAAUCCCCGAAGUACUAUUGGCCUAAACCUCUUAUUGCUUUAUUUUUAAAAUAAGGGAACGGACUCUGUUCUUAGGCAAAAGGUUCUUGAAAAUGGCAGCCGAAAAAUUAAAAGGGUCCCGGCAUUUGUUAUUUUGGAAAGAGCCGAGGGUCGAGGGCUUGGGAAAAGGGGACCCAUGAGCUGGUUUUGUGGGUUUCUCCUUCCAACGCAUUCCGUCCCUUUGCUAAAACCGUUUGUGUGUGUCGUUUGAUAAGAGUCGGAGGAGUACGAUUUUGGAGUAUAUUUUAUUUUAUCAUGUGGGAGUGUGUUUGCGCACAUAGGUUUGUAUUAUAUAUAUAUAUUUGGUUUACGGUUUGUAUUUACUGCCCCAGCACUUUAAUCAUCAUCGCUUGCCUUAGCUAACAGUGACACGUGCAGCGUUUUAAAUAAGAGCAGGAUAAUAAUAAUAAUAAUAUAUCAUGGACGCAGUAUUUUUUUUUUUUUGGUUAUGUAAAUCGUAAGGUGAAACGGGCAACAGGAAUACGAUUGCGAAUAUUGCCCCGCAUGUUUACAAAAAGGAAGAGAAAAUACAAUAGGAAAUGCAUUCUUCUUUCGAAGCUAAGAUGAAAAAUGUUGGAAAAUAUACCUCUUUGGUUUUGGGCUUCAGGAAGCGAUGGGUCAUUUGGUCGUGCCCAAAAUCGCAGAGUAAGUGAUGCUUGUGGAAUUGAUUUCCCCUUUUUUCCUAUGACUUUCCAUCCAGAAAAACACUUCCAAAAUGUUAGGGCUCUUCUGGGCUUUAAAUUAUACCAGUUGCCAGAUAUUAAUUUCCUUGUUCUUUCUGGUAAAAGAAAAAAGAGCUCUUUAUCCAGGUUAUUUUGUAAGCCACUUUGCUUCUCAAUUGGGAGAUGAUGACGAUGGUGAUAAUGUUGAUGAUGAUGAUGAUGAUGAUGAUGAUGAUGAUGAUGAUGAUAAUAAUAAUAAAGAUCACCACUGGGAGCACCUUGACUAGCUUGUGCCAGAGUCUUUGCAGUUCAGCCUUUAAAUACUCAUGUAAACUUUUCCAGUUUCUUCUUUUCGAUUCUGCUGUCACCUGGGAUUGCAACGUCGGGGGAAAAAACAAAGUAUGGAUUGUCUACGUUGCAAUCCCAGGUGAUAGCAGAAUCAAUGAGAAGCAACUGGAAAAGCUUACACGAUACAAGGAUUUAGUUAUAGAAUUGAAAAGACUGGCACAAGCCAGUAAAGGUGGUCCCAGUGGUGAUCAGCACACUAGGUGCAGUGCCUAAAGACCUUGGCCUGCACUUGAAAAAAAUCGGCACUGACAAAAUCACCAUCUGUCAGCUGCAAAAGGCCACCCUACUUGGAUCAGCACAUGUUAUUCACCGAUACAUCAUACAGUCCUAGACACUUGGGAAGUGUCCAACGUGUGAUCCAAUACAAAAGCCAGUAUAGUGAUCUUGUUUGCUGUGUACUAAUCUUGUUGUGUAUCAAAUAAUAAUAAUAAUCUGGAAAAGAAAAGCUGUGCAUCAACUGCCUUGCCUAGAAAUUUUCUGAGCACAACCAUUCCUCAGGAAUUGGGCCCAUCUGCCAUUUGAAAUCCCCUUCUAUAGUAAUUUUUAGUAUAUAGUAAACAAACCCCUUUAAAUUAUACAUAUGGCAUGCUUUGGGGCCAUUUAAAAUAUAUAUUCAUUAACAUUCUAAGCACUACUUAUACAACACUACAGCUACAUAUCUACUACAGAUAACCAAGUGUAACAUAAUAAACGUAACACAUAAACUAAGAAAUUAAGAAACUAAUCUACCACCUCUCUUAUAGUCAGGCAACUUCUCUCUCUUGUUAGUCUUUAAAUUAUAUUAUAAACUCACACUUCUACUUUGAAUAACCCACAAUGACAAAUGGCCCCAUCAUUAUCAAAAUUGUUGUUAUUAUUAUUUUACUAAUUCAUAAAACUCACCAUUGAUGAAUGGCCCCAUCAUUAUAAUAACGUUGUUGUUGCUGUUGUUAUGUAAAACUACCAUUGAUGAAUGGCCCCAUUAUUAUCAUUCCAAAAUUAUUAUUGUUAUUAUUUUGUAAAACCCAUAAUUAAUACACUUUAUAUUCCGCUUUAUCUCCCUGGAGAGACUCAGAGCGGAUUACAGUUUUACAUACAUAAGGCAAACAUUCAAUACCUUUUUACACAGUAAACAACAAUAUACAGUACACAGACAGGGGUAAAGACGAGGCAAUGCUCAACUCUGGCCAUAAUGAGGUGUUGUUGUUCCAUUUUUCCAUGCCGAGAAGCCUAUUGUUCUUCUCCGAUCAUGAUGUCUGCAUGGGCCUCUCUUUUACUUCCCCGCCAAGGCGGUACCUAUUGAUCUAGGCGCACUACAUGCUUUCAAACUGCUAGGUAGGCAGGAGCUAGGACUGACAGCCAGGAGCUCACCCCGACUCACAACUUUGAACUGCUAACCCUCCAGUCGAAUUGAUGAAUAGUUCUUUUAUUAUCAUCACAAAAUAGCAAUAAUAAUUAUUAUUUUGUAAAACUCACCACUUAUUAAAGGUUCAAUCAUUACCACAAAUCUAUUACUACUACUACUACUACUACUACUACUACUAAUAAUAAUAAUAAUAAUAAUAAUAAUAAUAUUUAUACCCUGCUUUUUCUCUGCCAAAGUAGACUCAAAGAGGCUAACAUUAAAACCAUAACUAUGUGUGAAUUAAAACCUAGCACAUACAAACAUGGAAAUAUUAAAAAUAGUUAAACCAAAAAAGCUAACGAGCAAUUCCCAGCCUUGCUUCUAAGUGGGCAAAUAUUUCUCCUUCGGUGGUCUAAUCAAUUUCUCCAUUGAGUACCAAAACCUCACCAGCUUUUCUCAUAAUCCUUUGCUUUUCCUGGAAUUUGAUUUCUUUUUGGUUCUCUUCCUUUUUUGAAAUGUGUUUGAAAACUUUAAAAAUCUCAAUUUGUGUGCAUCUAGUAGCCAUUUGGCGACCAGUUGUGGCCCCCGGCGGGUCUCACUGGAUUAAAAUAGACAAUUUGACUCAUCCUUUCCCCCCAUUACGGCCUUGAAACCACUGCUGGGCGGUGGUCCGUCCUUACAAAACCUCUGGCAGGUAUCCCUUUCCUUCCGUUUUCGUAUUUCUUGCUGUCGGUUUCACCUUGUUGCAGGUAAUUUAUACGGGAUUUUUACAAGGAGAAAAAGAAGAAGAAAAUGUUGUUUAAAAAUGUAUAUUUUUGUAUGUUUGCUAUAUUUUUAUAGCGUCGGUACUGUGCUUCGUAACCAGUUAUUUAAAAAAAAAUACAAAAAAUGGUACGUUUCCCGAAAAGGCAGAAAGGGUUGGAGAGGAUCUAUGGGUAGAUUUGUGCCGAAAGGGGUGUUUGGGGGAAGAUUGUGUGCCUUAUGUUUUUUAUGGUCUGUAUUUCUUCUUGGGGGCUGGCCCUCUGUGCUGAUGCGUUAAUUCAGGAGCUGGGCCUUGAAUCCUUUGCUUUUUUUGACUUUGCAAAGCUUUGCAAAGUCGGAAAAACAGCAAACAAUCCAAGUCCCAACUCCCAACUUGGGUCUUCUUCCCAAAGCAAAAGCAGGAUUGUAUUUUCCCCUUCAAACCGUGUCUUUCCUAAUCGCAUUUAGCUAUGCCUCUCUUCUAUAUAUAUCACUUUGUUAUUUAUAAGGGUGCUAAUUUUUUUGGAACCAAAACUCUUUGUAUCUAUUAUCUAUACCUAAUAGUCCAAGCUGCUUCGAUCAUCAGGUACAAAAGAAGAUAAUGCACUUGUUUCAUUCUUAGUUCGGAAGGAGAAAAAGAGGAGGUUUGAGGGCAUUUGCAAAGGGAUGGACUUUUUGCAACCAUUGCAAGCGGUUUGCUUUCCAGUUUUGAGGAAGAAAGAAACCAAGAAAAGCCUUUUAAAGAUAAGUAAGUGUUUUGUGUAAAGGGCAAGUCGCUGAUGAAAAGGAGAGAGAGCCGAAACAAAGGAUGCCAAAGCUGAACUUGAGUCAACAUUGUGAUGCAGCAGCUUAAAAAGGCCAAUGCAAUUCCAAGCUGCAUCAAUUCGAGGACAGUGUUGGGAUCAAGGAAUGUCAGCGUCCCAAUUUAGUCAGACCUCGUCUGAAAUGAGUCCAUUUCUAGAUGAAGUAAUUCAUAAAGGAGAUGGGCAAGACUAUGAAUCCCGAUGAGGAGUGGCCUAGGGAGCUGGGGAUGUUUAGCUUGAAGAAGAGAAGGAUGAGAAAGGCUUGAAAGCUAUGUUAAAUAAUGGAAAAAAUUGAGAAGGGAGAAAACUUGUUUUCUGCUGCUCCAGAGACUAGGAUGCAAUGAAGCAAUGGAUUCAAAUGGCAGGAAAAGGGAUGACACCUCAACAUGAGGAAGCUUCCUGGCAGGAGAGUCUCCGGGGGAAGGGGGGGAGUUUCCAAGCAGAGGCUGGAUGGCCAUCUGUCAGGAGGGAUCGGAUUAUGUCUUCCUACCUGGCAGAAGUGGUUGGACUAGAUGGCCUUUGGAGUAUCACAACUCUUUGAAACAGGUUAGAUGGCCAUCUGUCGGGAGGGUUUCAAUGGCAUCUUCCUGCCUGGCCUUUGAGGAUCCCUUCCAACUCUAGGAUUCUGUGAUUCAAAGGCUGGGUGGUUAUCCGCUGGGAGGGCUUUGUGACUUCCUUUAUGGCAGAAAGGAGUUGGACUGGAUGGCCUUUAGGAGACCCUUCCAACUCUAGUGGAAUCUAAGACCAUCACCUCUCCUUCUUCGGAGGUUUCUAAAUAGGGCUUGGAUGGUCAUCUUUUGGUAGGCUUUGGAUGGUGUCUUCCUACCUGGCCUGGGAGGGUUGGACUGGAUGGUCUUUGGGGGUCCCUUCCAACUCUAGGAUUCAUCCUAAUGUCAAGGCAGGAAUAUACAAUGCAAAGAGGGAAGGCUUUUGCACUUGUUCGCUCAGAUUAAAAGUUCUCAUGACCUUUUAGUUUUGAAAUGUGGGUCUUUACAAGGGAUAGGAGCAUUCGGCUGGGCCUGUUUUGCUAAGGAGAACCCUGUUUGCCUCUUCCUCCCCAACGAACCCCUCUUCCCUCCAGGAUCAACCCUUGAAUGUAUAUUUCGGCCUUCGAAGAUGCUCUGAACGCUCCUUAUUUAUUGACUCCCGCCAAGGCAGCCCCUAGCUUCUUCUCUAAAGGGAAAUUGUCGGCCGAAACAAGGAGGAAAAUAAACACAAAACACCCCAGAGUUUCUGGCUCAAGAAGCAAACACGCUUAACAAUGUUAAACCCUUUGCAAAACAUUACUUUUGUUGUUGUUGUUGUUGUUGUUUUGUAACAGUGAGAAGAGAAAAAAACAAGCAAACAUGACAAAGUCGAAUUAAAAGAAAUAAUGGACGGCUCAAUAAA